AUACAAUUGACCAGAGUCAUACCCCAUUAUAUCUUCCCAGCUCACUUUUCUCUCUCACACACUCACACAGUGCCAAAUAAUACUACUACUGCUCUGAUGGAGGAGUAGACAGUAGUACUAGUAGUAUAUAUACUAUUAUGAAUAUUCAUUCUCUCUCACCUACACACACAGUAAGCACAAUGAGUAAAAGAAGCUCCACACUAUAACCGUCUUUCUCUCUCACUCGUCAAAGGUGUGAACGUCAAACUGUAUUCCAAUUUGGCGGCUGAAUUUCUUGCCACUUUCCUUUUGGUCCUCACCUUCCUCUGUUACUUCUUCCCCUUCCUUCUCAUCUUCUUUUCUUUCGACAGUAGUAUUUUUCUUCCUGUUCUUGACUUAACUUACUCUGGCUGAUUUUUACUCUUUCCCUUUUCGAACCGAGCAAUUUUCGGUAGCUAAAAUUUUGUGCUUCUUGUAGUUAGGGUGUAAAAAUCUCAAGUUAAUUGAGUUGUUGACAAUCCUGGAGAUGGCAGAUAUUCGACGAUACGCUCCUCCUGGGGCGCAAUUAGAUAUUGAACAGAUACUUUUGGAGGCGCAACAUCGGUGGCUUCGUCCUGCUGAAAUUUGUGAAAUACUGCAAAACCACCAAAGAUUUCAAAUUGCUCCUGAGCCUCCAAAUAGGCCUCCAAAUGGUUCUCUCUUUCUGUUUGAUCGCAAAGUAUUACGCUACUUUCGGAAAGAUGGCCACAACUGGAGAAAAAAGAAAGAUGGAAAAACAGUCAAAGAGGCUCACGAGAGGCUUAAGUCUGGAAGUGUUGAUGUCUUGCAUUGUUAUUAUGCACACGGAGAAGAAAAUGAAAAUUUUCAGAGACGCAGCUACUGGAUGCUUGAAGAAGAACGUUCAAAUAUAGUACUUGUCCACUACCGAGAAGUAAAGGGCAACAGAGCUAAUUUCAAUCGGAUAAGAGGAGCUGGAGAAGUUAAUGCUAAUAUCCAAGACACUGAAGAUGAUAUACCUACAUCUGAUGUGACUAGUUCCUCGACUUCAGUUAUGAAUCAAUAUGAUUAUCAUGUCACUUCUCAAGUUACAGAUUCCAGUGCCCCGGCCUCUGAAUAUGAGGAUGCAGAAUCAGCAUACAGGCAGCAUUCAAAUUCUGGGUUCCAUUCUUUCCUUGAGUUACAACCACCUGUGUUGCCAAAUGGGGAUGAUGGACCAUCUGUACCUUAUCAUCCGGUCCCUACUUCAAAUAGUUACCAAGGGAAUCUUUCAGCUGUUCCUGAUAUCGAUUUUGUCUCUAGUGCACAAGGAGAGAGAGAUCGAAACACCAUGAGUGCUGGCAUAACUUAUAUGACCGGUCAGCCUGACUUUGCAUCAUGGGGAGAUAUCUUUGAAAACAGAAGUGCUGAGGUUCAGCCUAUCAGUUUUGGGCCAUCAGGCGAUGCACCUCAAGCUAAAACCAUUGGUAUGAUGCAUGGGGGAGCGAAUGAUACGUUUGGACAAGUUUUUACUGAUGGUGUGGGUAAAAGACAGGACUUUGGGGUUCAUGCAGAUGGCAUGGAGCAGUGGCAGAAUUUUGAAGGUGAUCCCUCGUACAUAUCCAAGUGGCCCAUUGAUCAGAAGAUGCAUCUACAGUCAGCUAAUGAUAUUACUACUAACUUUACUGGCAUCAACACUGUGGGGUUGCACAAUUCAUCAGGCACAUUAGAUGUGGUCAAAUCUGCUGCACAGAAUGAUGUUCGCGCACAGUUUAUCGGUGGAGAUAUUCCAGAGAAAUCUGGAUUGGGUAGUAGUGUGGGACUUGAGGGGAAAACUGGUUAUUCAACCUUGAGACAACCUCUAUUGGAUGGUGUUUUGAAGGAGGGUCUAAAGAAGCUGGAUAGCUUUGAUCGCUGGAUGAGUAAAGAACUAGGAGAUGUUAAUGAAUCACUCAUAAAGUCAAACUCUGGGUCCUAUUGGGGGGGUGUUGGGGAUGACGACGGAAUGGGUGAUCCUAACAUAUCUUCCCAAGUACAUAUAGACACAUAUACGAUGAGCCCCUCCCUUUCGCAGGACCAAUUAUUCAGCAUCAUUGAUUUUUCUCCCAACUGGGGAUAUUCUGGUUUAGAAACGAAGGUUCUAAUAACGGGACGAUUCUUGAAGAGCCAACAGGAGUUGGGCAAAUACAAAUGGGCAUGUAUGUUUGGUGAACUAGAAGUUCCAGCAGAGGUUAUUUGCGACGGUGUUAUUCGUUGCCAUACACCUGUACAUGAGGCAGGGGUGGUACCAUUUUAUGUGACAUGUUCCAACAGGUUAGCAUGCAGUGAAGUUCGAGAAUACGAAUUUCGUGUUGGCAAUAUUAAAGAAGAGUAUCUCCCCGAUUCGAGUAUUGCAAGCAUUGACUGCAGGCUGCUUAUGAGAUUCGGAAAAUUUUUGACUGUUGGUUCUCAUAUUUCCAAAAGUAUUAUUCCUAGCAAUGUGGGUGAUUCUUCCUACUUGAGCAGUAAAAUUGAGGCAUUAUUGAAAGAGGAAGACGAUGAAUGGGAAGAUCCACUAAAUGUUCCUUCUGACAAGCUCUCAGUUGAAAAAGUGAAGGACCACUUAGUACAACGGCUUCUGAAGAACCAGUUGCACCUCUGGCUCCUCCAGAAGGUUGCUGAAGGUGGUAAAGGGCCCAGUUUAUUGGACGAGGGUGGUCAAGGGGUGCUACACCUUGCUGCCGCCCUUGGUUAUGAUUGGGCAAUACAACCUACACUAGCUGCAGGAGUUAGUGUCAAUUUUCGAGACAUAAAUGGAUGGACUGCACUCCAUUGGGCUGCAUUUUAUGGCAGAGAGCGUACAGUGGUUUUGCUGGUCUCAUUGGGAGCAAGCCCUGGAGCUUUGACAGAUCCAACUCCUAAAUAUCCCUCAGGCAGACCAGCUGCUGAUCUCGCGUCGAGUAAUGGGCAUAAGGGAAUUGCUGGCUAUCUUGCUGAAGCUGCCUUGAGCUCCCAUUUGUUAUCACUUAAACUGAAGGAUAACAAGGAACCAGCAGGAGCGAAAGAUGUUGAAACAGCUUCAGAGCGCACUGCUACUCCUAUUGCAGAUGGAGACUUGCCACAUGGACUGUCUCUCAAAGACUCACUAGCUGCCGUCCGUAAUGCUACUCAAGCUGCAGCCCGCAUACAUCAAGUUUUUAGAGUGCAGUCGUUUCAAAGAAAGCAGAUGAAGGAUUAUGGUGAUAAUGAGCUUGGGAUAUCUGGUGGACGUGCUCUGUCACUUCUUUCUGGGAAAACUAAGAAAGCAGGACUACAUGACGAACCUGGGCAUGCUGCUGCUAUCCGCAUACAGAACAAAUUCCGUAGUUGGAAGGGCAGGAGGGAUUUUCUGCGAAUGCGUCAGCGGGUUAUCAAAAUACAGGCUCAUGUGAGAGGACACCAAGUAAGGAAGAAUUAUAGAAGUAUUAUUUGGUCUGUUGGAAUAUUAGAUAAAGUGAUUCUUCGGUGGAGAAGGAAGGGAAGGGGAUUGAGGGUAUUGAAACCAGAUGCACCAGCUGAUGGGUCUAGCAUGCAAGACUCAUCGUCAAAAGAGGAUGAUUAUGACUUUUUGAAAGAAGGUAGGAAGCAAACAGAGGUUCGGCUAGAGAAGGCUCUUGCUAGGGUGAAGUCAAUGGUCCAGUAUCCAGAGGCAAGAGAUCAGUACAGGAGAUUGCUCAAUGUUGUUUCAGAAAUGCAGACUAAGGUACACUUUCAUGACAAUUCAAACCAGGUUUCGAUUUAAUUUGCACAAUUAAGUCCAUCUUGUUAUCCUUGAGAUUUGGUUAGAAAUAUCCCCGUGAGUAAAAUGAAAACUGAACUGUUAGGAUGUGUAGAAAGCUUCCAAGCCCAUCAUUCUAAGUGAAGAAUAUAAAAACAUGAAAAGUGAGCUCUUUUGUUAGUGACCGGUGCUAUUCUCUCAUUUUGCAGGACAAGGACAAGUAUGACAGGGUCCUUAAUAAUUCAGAUGAAACUGUUGAUUUUGAUGAAGAUCUGUUUGACUUUGAGGCUUUAUUAGGCGACGAUGAUCCUCUAAUGUAUCCAGAAUCGUAAAUGCUUUGUCAGUUUCUAUUGUAAAUUAGUUUAACCGUCUGCCUUUGAUAGAUAGGUUUGUAUGAUAGAUUGAAAUCAGUAAGCUAAAUCUGCUUCAAUGCAUCUUUUUCGUAUCGAGGAACCGGUAUUGGUGGUUAUGGAAGAAUAGAGAUGUUGCUGAAUUAGUAACUGUUGAAUGUGUAGAUUGUCUUUGACAAGUACAAUGCCAUCUUUUGGCACAUAUAAAUGGAAGGAAUUUGGUGGCGAGAUGGAUGAAUAGAGAUAUGGCAGAAUUUUUUGCGACUUGAUUCUUAUGAUCUCAAAGUUCACCUUUUCCUGCUCUACUACAUUGGAAUCCAGCUUUCAAAGAUCCCGAUACUGCAGUUAUUUUCUUAACUUUUCCGCAGAUUUUUAGAUUAUGAGUCAACAACGAGCAGUUUUCUCACAGUGGGGAUCGAGUCAAAUGUCUUCAAAUUCAAUUAGUGUCAGGCUGAAUCUGUGCAUCUUAGUCAUCAAUUUUUGUCGAUCAAGAUUUGUGAAACAUUUUGAGAAUUGAGAGUACAACAGCAGAAUAAAUUGCAGAUUACGGGGAGAUAAAGACAUGAUUCAGACAACAUCUACCUUUCUUUGCUUUUCCAUUUUGGGUCAACAAUUUAACGCAAUUCUUAAUUCGGAACUGAU